AUGAAUAAAAUCAUACAGAUUAUUGAUGAAUGUCUUCUUCUACCAAGCCAAGUCCAAAUCCAACCGUUACAACAACAAAGUAAUCGGGUUGUUUUGGCUUCACCUCAAUUAGCGCAACAAAUCCUUCCAUUACAACUUGAAUUUCAAAAUGAACCUGAUUGUUUAGCAAGUAACAACGAUUUGUAUGGAGGUCAAACGGUUGAUUCAAUAAGACAUUUAUAUUUAGGAAGAUGUCCUAGAGUUGUUAAGCAAUGUGUUAGAUGUGGAGGAUCAGCUGGAACUGUUCCUGUUACAAGAACCGCCGCUAUUAGAGCUUGGGAUCAACGAUGGUCUCGUUCGUGCCAAUGUGGAGGUCUUUGGAGAAUGCAAGUUUAUUCUUAA